AUGGGCAAGGAGCAGAGCAAACUGAAGCCAGAAGCUUUGGAAGACUUAAGGAAGAACACUGCAUUCACGGAUGACGAAAUUCAGGAAUGGUAUCGUGGCUUUAUGAAGGAUUGCCCGUCCGGAAAGCUCUCGAAAGAGGAAUUCAAAAAGAUUUAUGCCAACUUUUUUCCAAGUGGCGAUGCGUCUAUGUUUUCCGGUCACGUGUUCCGGACGUUCGACACAAACAACGACGGGACGAUAGACUUCCGGGAAUUCCUCUGCGCCCUCAGUAUAACCUCCCGAGGCAACCUGGAACAGAAGUUGAAGUGGGCCUUCAACAUGUAUGAUCUUGAUGGAAACGGUUUCAUCUCGAAGAGAGAGAUGCUGGAGAUUGUGAGCGCUAUCUACAAGAUGGUAGGCAGUACAAUGAAGAUGCCGGAAGAUGAGUCUACUCCGGAAAAAAGGACAGACAAAAUAUUUCGACAGAUGGACAAGAACCUGGAUGACAAACUUUCAUUGAAGGAGUUCAUAGACGGCGCCAUGAAUGAUUCUACCAUUGUUCAGCUGCUUCAGUGCGAUCCUGGGCAGGCUUGA